UUAAUGGCAUGAUAUGUGGUUUUAUCAGCUGUUCCGCUCAUAACCGAAACCAAGGAGAAAUCACUUCACAAUAGUGAAUAGGCUACAAACCGGCACUACACAGUUGGAGGUCCUUGCCUCACUAAAGGGAUAGGUAUAAUUACAUAUUUUGUUGCUUUGGAAUUGAUACGAUGCGAACUAAAUGACCAUCUGCACCACGACUUCACAUUGUGUUCACUCUCACAAGCCAUAAUGCCUUCCAAGCGCCACGAGCCAUCCUCUGGUAGUUCACAGAGCGCCGAAAAGGGACGUAUCAGUAUUCAUGAGCACGAUAAAAGUCCACAUGAACCAGCUCCUCGCCUUUCCCACCUGGAACACCUGACAGUCCGUGUCUCCGAUAACUCGAUUCGAAGUCUUGCCGGAGCCACCAGUGCGAUAGCCUCUAGCAUCGUAACAAGUCCUCUGGACGUUAUGAAAAUCAAACUACAAGGAAGAGGUGGACUCCAACUGUGGACGCUUGACCCUGUCAGAAAGCGACGUUCAUUCCAAGAGAGAGGUCUCAUAGGCACUGGGCGAGCAAUAUGGCAUGAAGGCGGAUUUAUUGGCAUGUACCAAGGACUCGGACCGACCAUGCUAGCAAAUAUUCCUAGGGGGGCCAUAUAUUUCACAGUAUAUCAUAAGAUUAAUGAUUCGCUAAAGAAAGUAUUCAGUAAGUCACAGACCUGGGUAUGCUCAAGCAUAUCUGCAGUUACUGGAGGUACCGUUUCUAUAUUAUUCACGAAUCCAUUAUGGGUUAUCAAAACCAGACUCAUAUCUCAGUCAAGUAAAUCUACGAAGAAUACUCCGAGAGAAUACAAGUCUGCCAUAGACGUAGCUCAGAAGAUGUAUUGCCGAGAAGGCGCCGCUUCAUUCUAUUCAGGACUAACUCCAUCUCUGCUUGGGGUGACACACUUAGCCGUACAGUUUCCAUUAUAUGAGCAGUUUAAGAUAUACUUGACUGGAUCAGGGCUUGGGGAUUGGCAUGAAGGCCAGGAAUGGCUACAGAUCCUAGGGGUACUCACAGCUAGCGUGGCGAGCAAAGCGUGUGCAACUAUAGCCACAUAUCCACACGAAGUUGUUCGAACAAGAUUACAAACGCAGCAGAAAGUAUACCCUUCAUCACCAAUUGAACACGCAAGAGUAAGGGAUGACAGAGGCCUAUUGAUGCGUGGGAGUAGCUCACAAAGCGAAAAGGUGUGCAAUGCAGGGAAAGUUUGGGAGAGAUUUCCCCGACUAGAUCGGGAGAUUAUGAGCACGCUCGAAAUGAUCUUGCGGGAAGAAGGCUGGCGUGCCUUAUACUCUGGCAUGGGCACUAGCUUAAUCGGGGCUAUACCAGCCUCUGCUAUGACAAUGCUGGUCUAUGAGGCAGUGGUGUGGCAGAUUAAGAAGUCAAGGACACAGGGAAAAAGAAAGCUCGAAAUGCAGGAUAUAACAGAAACUUGGUGUCUAUAGCCCGUAUAACUUUCCAGCAUAUCGUCGGCACAAACGGCGGAUACUAUCGAGCAUAACUAUAAUUGAACAACGAC